AACUGUCUUUCAUUUCAACAAAGGGAAAGCACCAUCAAACAGAGAGACAUUCAGCUCUUCAUGUUCAGCGGCUCUUCCUGCAGCGCUCUGCUCUCAGUCAACAUGCGGUAUCUUCCAAACCUACUGCUAGCUGUGCUGAUAUGGUUGAUGCAGAUUAAGUGGGGCCUGUCUCAACAUGAAGAGGACACAACCAACUAUCCGGACAACAACAACAACCUGAGCUUUCAACAGCUUACAAUCGUCACAAAUUCCUCGGAAAACUACUUCACUAUGUUCGAGACCGACUUUGAGAACUUCAGUGUGGAUUAUAGUACAAUUCCUGAGCUCUGUGUGAAAGAAUCCAACCGCCAGUUCCACCGCUGGUUCAUGCCCACCUUCUAUUCCAUGAUCUGCUUCCUGGGGCUGACAGGGAACCUCCUGGUCAUCCUCACCUUCUUCUUUUUCAAGCGUCUCAAGACCAUGACCGAUGUGUUCCUGCUUAACCUGUCCUUUGCGGACCUUCUCUUAACUCUGUCACUCCCUUUUUGGGCAGCCAACUCCAUGGCAGAAUGGGCUCUGGGCAUGCUGCUGUGCAAGGCUAUGCACACCAUUUACAAGGUCAGCUUCUAUAGCAGCAUGUUCAUUCUCUCUUUCAUUAGCGUGGAGCGCUACUUCGUCAUCGCCAAGGCCGUCUCCGCUCACCGCUACCGCUCCCAGGCUGUGUUACUCAGCAAGCUGUCAUCAGCUGCCAUCUGGGUGAUGGCACUGAUCUUCUCAAUACCAGAAAUGAGGUACACCACCAUCGUUAACAAAAGCUGCACCCUUUACUCCAGCAGGUCUGACAAGCUACGCGUUAGCAUCCAGUCGACCCAGAUAGUUUUGGCCUUUGCUCUCCCGCUCGUGAUAAUGUGCAUCUGUUACAGCAGCAUUAUCCAGACCCUUUCGAAGUCUCGGAGCUUUGAACGCAAUAGGGCCAUCAAGGUAAUUCUCGCCGUGGUGGCCGUCUUCCUGGUCUGCCAAGUUCCUUAUAACGUGGUUUUAUUUUUGAGCACAGUGGUCGCAGCACAAGGAGGGCCCUUGGGCUGCGACUUUGAUAACAAUCUCCUCUUUGCAACCGAUGUGACCCAAUGCGUGGCCUUCCUGAGGUGCUGCCUGAACCCCUUCGUCUACGCCUUUGUUGGUGUGAAGUUUCGUAAUGACGUCCUGAAGCUAAUGAAGGAGUUGGGUUGCAUGAGCCAGGCGAGGUUCUUCAGGUAUACAAACGGCAGGAGGAGCUCAGGAGCCAUGGACACUGAGACCACCACUACGUUCUCUCCUUGAAGCUCUUUCAGUAUGGACAUCUGCCUCUUCACACCUGCUCAGGCUCGCAGUGGACAGCUGAACAUUUUAAUAAAAAUAAAAAAUAAAAAAACAUCCAGUAGUGGACAUGUCAAUAGCAUAGAAUAGCAUUAUCAGAGAAUUACAGGUUUGUUGAUGUUUUUUAUUUUGUGUAUUUGUUGUGUUUAUUUUGUAAAGGCUUUGGUUGUUUGUUAAAUGGGCUGCAGUGCACAGUAUUUCAUGAAAUCCUUUGUGUGAAUGUAAAAACAUGUUUUUGUUAUCUUUUUACUUAUCUCUGUUCUGUAUUGUGUUGUUGAUCUUAAUAUGUGUAAUGAAACACAAUAAAGUUUUCAGGAAUCAC